AUAGUCAGACUACAUCAGGGGUGCCCAACCUUUUUUGAACCGAGAGCUACUUUUACAGGACGUUUAAAGACAUCAUCUCCUCCUGCGGCACCUCACUCGAUCCUCAGCCCGGACAGAGGGCUCGUCAGUGGCCGGAAGGAGAGAUGAAGACCCCGCAGAUGAUCCGAAAUUCCCCGGUGCCUCUUCUGCUGCUGCUGACAGGAGUCUGCAUCAACGGGUACAAGCCUGUCAUCAUAGUGCAUGGCCUGUUCGAUGGGCCGAAAGAGUUCAAAACGAUGUUUCGUUACAUAAACAAGGUGCAUCCAGGCACUGAGGUGAAGGUGAUUGACUUGUAUGACAACCUGUCCAGUCUGAAGCCCAUGUGGAUGCAGGUGCAAGGUUUCAGUAAAGCCUUCGACGACAUCGUGCAAAAGGCUCCUGAUGGCGUCCAUCUUCUGUGCUUCUCACAAGGUGGUUUAAUUUGUCGAGCACUUCUCUCCAUGGCUCCAGAUCACAAAGUGCACACCUUCAUUUCACUGUCGUCCCCACAGGCCGGGCAGUAUGGAAACACAGAAUACCUGAAGCGGGUAUUUCCUGACUUCGUGAAGAAGACUUUGUUUCGUAUUUGCUACAACAGAGUGGGACAGAAAGUGUCUAUCUGCGACUACUGGAACGACCCUCACCAUAGGUCCUACCUGCAGAGCAACAGCUUUCUGGCGUUGCUCAACGGGGACAGACCUCACGGCAAAAUGAAAGCAUGGAGGGAAAACUUCCUGCGCAUCAAGAAUCUUGUGCUGAUUGGAGGACCAGACGAUGGCGUCAUCACACCAUGGCAGUCAAGCCACUUCGGAUUCUAUGACAGCAACGAAACCAUUGUAGAAAUGGGGAACCAGGAGUUUUACAGAAACGAUACAUUUGGGUUGAAGACGCUAAACGCUCGUGGCGACGUGUCGAUGUGCCUUCACUCUGGAGUGAAACACGUUCAGUGGCACUCAAACUACACCGUGUUCAGGAGCUGCAUAGAGAAGUGGCUCACUUGAAAACAGAGUGAGAGAUGUUAAUGCAAGCUAUUAUUUAACUAUAAUAGAAUAUAUAAUCUAAACUGUAUUUCAUGUAUAUGAUUUUCAUAAAAGACUAA